CUGUAGUUUCUUCAGUUUUUCAUGCUACAGCCAGUACAGGCAGCCUGUAGACGAGUUGUUGUUGGCAGCGAGGGGGUGUUAGUUCGGCCGUCUGCUGCUUCGUGUCGAAGUUUGUUUGGGUGCAGGCUGUGUAAGAAUCUGUGUGUUGGCCAAAGGGUUUCAUCGAAGUUUCCUAGUGGCUCGGAGGCUCCAUUCGACUGCUCUAUACCGUCACGACGUAGAGACCCGGUACAGCCUAUCCGGCCACGGCGUUCGAAGUCGUGUCCAGGAUUCAAGCAAACCGGGACUCCUGGCUGCAGGAGCGCUCGCCGCUGGACGUUCAUCGUCCCCGUCUGUCAUGGUGUUCCAGUGAUUCUGGAUGGUGACUGACGUCCGUGACUUUUUUUGUUGUCGCAGUCAUGGCUACAGCUGCAGAGAACCACGCGGUCAACUCAUGGCCAUGGUCAAGUCGAGUGUUCCGCGAGUGGAUCCCACGCCUCCAAGCAACGCUCAGCUGCAGCACAAUCCGCAUGGAAUGCCGGGGAAAAGGUUUGAUCUCCGAUACGCAGAAGAAGGAGUUGAUGGCAGUAGACGAUUCUGCCAAACACAAUGAGCUUCUCCUCGAUAUGCUGAGCAGGGGUACAGCUGAGACUUUCCACACUUUCUGUAGUAUAGUGCGUAGCACCGAACCUGAAGCAAACUUUUCAAAGUUUCUAGAUGACAUGCAGUCAGUGGAUACCUUUGUUGUAGUUUCUCCGGAAUGCCAAAAAGACUGCAAUAAAGUAGUAGACCUGAUGAAAGAGUUCUCAGCACCGGAACGUCAACGGGUGGUCCACACUGCCGAGGAUGUGGCACGAAUGCGCACGUCACAGACCGUCCUCGACAAGAGAAAGAAACCCAUCCACUUACCACAGCCAACCUCGGCUGUGAACGUAGACUUGCUGAGCAUGCGGAACAUGGGACAAGAACAACGGCGAGCGGUAUUGACUGAAAUCGACCGCUUGGCGUCUAGCGCUAGCAUCACUGAUGACCGUGAGGCACAGGAAUGCCAGUACCAGGGUCAGGUGACACGGGCGGACGGCCAAGUUGACAUAUUGCCAGCUGAUAUACAUAGAGAGUUAAGUAAGCACACUUGUUUCAUCAGCAUGGGCACUGGAUCUGCAAGGGACAGCCGUAGCAUUUCAGAGACCAAGCAGUAUUUGAAGGAUACUGGCUUCAUCGACGACCACACUGUCGUCACAGAGACCACUGGCUAUCUGGAGGUGCUAGUGAACGUGCCUGUGAACAUACUGGCCAUUCGUGGCAGCAAACGACUGAAGUUUACAGAUCAGAGGUCGUCUAUAGUGAAGUUCAUCAUCGAAUGUGAAUAUAAUCACACGGUCCCGAGUUUCGUUAAAAGUGUCGUGAGUAAUCUCCGUAAUCUCCUUGGUGAUGAGAGUAUCCACGCCGACAGUGUACACGGGGAGAGUGGAGACACGGCGGUGUUAGUACAGAUGUCUGCCAAGGCUCAUGCAAGGCUCUGGGAGUUCUGUAAGGAUCAAUCUAGCCUGCUCGCUGGUCUGCACAUUCUCGAAGUGUCAACUGUGGACGCAGCAGUAGUCUUCAAUUUGCGUCCCACGGCAUGCAGUGACGAAGGUAUUAAUCCUGACGACCAGAAGCGCUUGGUUGAAGAGUUCUCCGGGAGAUUUCCGUCCUUGGACCAGGAUGAGCUGUCUGUCGCUGUGGCUGACCAACCGGAUGUUGAGCGUGCAGUGAUUGCACUGACCAAGCUCGUCUUCGAUGAAGGCGAAGCAUGCUUGAAUGCACUGCCUGAGAUUCUUGGUGGUGUGUCGGCAAGAAAGACAACUUCUAUCCCUGCUCACGUUCACCGUGUAGCGGCAAGAAAGGCAACUUCGACCUCUGCUCACGUUGAUCAUCCUGAAGAGGCCAUUUCAACCCAUGUCUCUGCCAAUUCUGAACACGCAGUAGAAAUCCAGGGAGCUGACAAUGAGCUGUCUCUCCGGCCGCAACUUAAGUCCCAGUGGUCUUUUCGUGGCCGUCUACCUGGUAGCUGGAACGGUUUUCAUCGUUGUACCAUGUACAAUGGGCAUGCUUACAUUGUGUGCCAGGAAGAGGAGGAAGGACCAAUGAUCUACCGGUCUACUCAUUCUCUCAAGGAAAGUCUUCAGGUGGCAUGGACAAGAGUAAUCGCCAUUGACAACCCACACUUUCGGUCAUGCAGGAAUUUUUGCAUUCACAAUGAAAAAAUGUACUUUGCAAGUACAAGUAUCAGUGAUAGGUAUAUCCCUAAGAUCCAUGUUGUAGAUCUACAGGGAAACUGUGGUGCUAGAGAAAUACAAUGUGAUUGUAUCCCAGUACAAGAUACGAGUAUGAAUACAUCUUUCAAGCCUUUUGCGGAUGUAUUUAUAACCCAGUCAGCGCUUCUAAUAGUAUGCUUAUGGUGCAAUCAUUUCUUAGAAGUUAUUUCAUUAGAUACCAGACAUGAUGGUGCAGUAUGGGCAAAAUUGGACCCGCUCAGCAUGCCGGAGCCGCCGGCCAGCAUCCGCAGCACUGACAGUACUCUGUUUGUGAUAUCAAGGAGCGACCGCAAUGGUGCGCAUUUGUCAAUCAUGAAGUUGGAUGUAAGUGAGGAAAGUCUGCGAAUGCCAUCAUGGCUCGAGAUCAAAGUGGACGUGCCUAAGACUCUUGAUCUAUUACAUUGUGAUGUAGUUGCUGCUGUGGGUAACACUAUAAUGUUACCCGUGCACUAUAGAGAUGAUGAUGAUAGAUGGGUCGGUGGUGUGAUGUGUGUUGAUUGUAGUACGUGUAUAGGCCGGCGUUCUGUCUUGUCAUCCAGUACAUCCAUUACAUGGCAGUUGAUGGUGGAUGGCGAUACACUUAUUGCACUCGAUUUUGAUCACUUAGUGUCUACUCUUCAGCUACCCGACCAUUUGUAAACGCCAGUGAUCGAUCGGCUUCUACAUGCAUGUAUGCCAAGGCGGUGUACAACGUAGAUAUUCUGCUGCGGCUAGGUCAUGUGAUAGACAACUGGUGCACACUGUGUGUGUUUUUGUGAUCCUGCUUUUUUUGUUUGCACAUGCAUACCCUGUUCUGCUGGGGACCCAUAUGCAUGAUGUGUUUGGUGUCCAGUUCUUUCAGGCCAUCAUUCUACAUAGGCACUGUCCUGAAAUGCUUAUUGUCUAUGUACAUAUUAUACAUUGGGUUGGAGGCAUAUUAUGAUUAUAUAGAUAUUAUGUAUAUAGAAUGCUGUCCAUGGAUUGGAUAUGAUGUAUUAUAUACAUAGAAUAUUAGUUCUAAAACUCAACAGCUCUCUACACAUACAUACUCAUUAUAACUGUGUACAUAAUAGUCUUUUUUUGUCAGUGAUUGACAAAACCCCAGAGGUUGAAUUGGUCAGCAGCCACAUUACUUCCUUCCUAGAAAUUGAAGAACUGA